AUGCGAAUGGAGGGAUCGGGACAGGCACGGACCGCCUGCCCGGCGCAACCAAACCGCGCCACGCAACCGCGCCAGCAUCCCAGCGCCCUGUUCGCCAGAGGCAGCAGGAAAGCGCUCAGAAGUCCUCAGAGAUCGUCCAGUAAAACGAGAGAAAGGAAGCAUCCCUUCGCCCUGUACGGGUGGGGGGAGCGGCAGACGGACACAGGGAGCCAAAGAACACACAACGUCUGUGCUUCCGCGCCCGUGCACGAGAUUCACGAGUCGGCGUUACGGGCCAAGAACAGGAGGCAGGUGGAAAAGAGGCGGCUGGUGGCUCAGAGGCAGCGGGCGCACUCGGUGGACGUGGAGAAGAGCCGGAGGGCCAAGCCGGCCGCCUCGGAGAGCCCGUGGGUCACCGAAUACAUGCGAUGCUACUCGGCCCGCGCGUGACGGGGAGGCCGCCGGCACCGCCUCCUUGAGAAGCAUCAAUAAAAGAGAACAAACUAUCCAAACCGCCAACAUCAGAAGGACCAGGACGUGGGUGUGAGAAACCAGCCCCUGGUGCCAGGUUCCUUAGGGGGUUCCCAAGCGAUGCUGCCCUUUGGGGGCGCCCCGGGCCCCGGCCCGGGCAGCAGGCGACCGCGAAGCCAUCGACGUUUGCUUCUUGACAAGAGAACUCCCUACGUCUUUGCUCUCCCUGUGAGGGUUUCGUCUCAGAGCAUCUUAAUCUUUUCAGACGUCGACACCCAAUGCCUUUAAAAUGGCUAGAGAUGCUUCAUAGUCGGUAUUUUUUCCCGGGAGUUUGGGGCAUUCGUCCCGGCCUGAACAGCUUUUCCAGAUUCCACGGUCGAUCCUUCCGUCGUCGGCAUCAGACUCCGGUCCUGGCCCGCAGCUGCGUGAGCCAGUGUCACGUCCACGGGAGUCUCGGCACGAACGUGGAUCCGCGUGUCACGCAGCUGGGACCUGCGUUGUGUUUCGGGUCAGCGCUGCAGGCGGCUGUGAUCGCGACGAGCUUCCUGGGCUCGGGGACGGUCCUCUGUCCUCCUCAAGCCACCGCGUGGGCACCUGUCAUUUCGCAGGUCAGAUGCGUUCCAGGGUGCGGAGCGGACGCGGGCGUGUCCUGGGAGUCAGACCGUGGUGUCAUUUUUCUUUUUUAUUGUGCGAUUUUCCUGGAGCGUCUGGUGAGGAACCGGUCCGUGCGGCGGGCACACGCGCCGGCGGACCCUCUCUCCUGUGACCGUGGCAUUCAGGACGGCCUGGAAUCCCAGGGAGCAAACCGAGCCGGUCUUGCUUGCUCGUGGGGGGUGAGGGGCCGUGAGCCAGGUGCCCCCCGAACUUCUCGACUUUUCCCUCCACGGAGCUCACCGAUGGCCAAGCGUGACCGUGGGCACAUGCAGGCUCCGGUUGGAAUCCAUUCCUAGCCAGCAGGUCCCAUGCAGAACUGUGUGUGGGUGCACGUGGGAGGCUGUGUAGGGAUGAAGGGCUCCGUCUCGCAGUCCACUUGCUUUUGGGGAAGAAAGAGUGGUUUUAAGAAACCCUGGUUCCCACCCGGCGGAGCGUCUACGGGAAGGAGGUGCUGAAUCCCGUGGACGAGGGGAGACGUGUGCCUGGCCAGCCGGGCGCCUGGAGGGUGUGAAGGCGAAGCUGGUGUUGGGUGCGAGGUGGAGCGUUUCCCUGGUACUUCUCUCCUCUGGGUCUUUACAGGAUGAUGCUCUUUAGAACACAAGUGUGUCUUAUUCCACAUGAAAUCUUCACAUGAUGAUGUCGACUGACAAUGGUGUUAAGCUUUGGAAACUCCUACAGAAGGGCCAGGAGCUUUUAUUUAUUUUUUAAAAAAGACUUUGAAGCCGGUGUGCGGCGUUUUGAGGGGAGUCACCGGGCGGAGAGCGCUCCUGCUCAGUGAGGUGUGAAUUGAACAGGAGGAGGCUCCUGGGGUCCGGCGCGGCCCUGCGAGGGG